CUUCAGUGUGAACUGUGUAAACAAACUAUUUCUCAUAGAAAAACAGAAAAAGUUAGUAAUAAUAAUAAGUGAAAUUAAAUUAAUAUUAAUAAAUUACGCAGGAAGUAAUAAUGUUUCAUAAAUAUUAUAUUUUAUUUCUAUCAGAACAAACUCGUUUCCCAUAACAUUGAUAGGAAUACAAAAUUAAUAUUUUCCCAGUGUGGUUCCACUUUUCAUAUCUCACAAGUUUCUUAAUUUUUAAAUUCUGAAAUUAAGAUUUCGAUAAUAAGAAAGAGGAAAAAAUGACGGAAGCUUUCGAAAAUUACGAAUUAAUUGCCCAGGGUGCGGAGGCGAGACUUUACAAAGGCACAUAUUUGAAUAGACCGGUCUUAAUAAAGCACAGAUUUGUCAAGAAAUACAGACACGAAAUUUUAGAUAAAAGUUUAGUAAAUCAUCAAAUUAAAAGCGAGGCUCGAGCAUUGUCUCGAGCAACAGCAGCAGGAGUGCUAACACCUGCGCUAUAUCACGUUGAUCUACAUCGCAGAAAUAUUUAUAUGGAAUACUUAAAUAAUACAAUGACUGUAAAAAAAUUUAUAGACGAAAAUAUUUCGGAAGACGAAUCAUUUUGGCAAGUUGCAAGGUCGAUUGCCAAAGUUUUAGGCAAUUUAGUUGGAAAAUUGCACAGUGAGAAUAUUUUUCAUGGAGAUUUAACGACAUCUAAUAUUUUACUAAGAGACGUUACGAACGAAUCAAGAGACGUUAAAAAAGACCAAGUAAUUCUAAUAGACUUUGGUCUGGCCCACGUAAAUUGUUCCGUGGAAGAUUCUGCGGUCGAUUUAUACGUGCUCGAGAGGUCAUUAAAAAGUGCACAUUCAAAACUGAAGGAUUUGAUUUUUACUAUUCUCGAAGGAUAUUUGGAAAAUUACGUAGAGAAAAAGCAAGAAGAAAGAGGAAAACAAGUACUAAACAAACUAAAAGAAGUGCGAUCGCGUGGCAGGAGACGAGUAAUGAUUGGCUAAGUUUUUAUAUAAAAUGUAAUUAAAUUAUUUUACAUAAUAAAAAUUAAAAAUUUCUACAAUUAUACCUGUUAUUUAUAAAUAUAUUUAUUUUAAUUUAAUUACAUUUUAAUGAAAGUUCGAGGUAUCCACUCUCAAUGAAUGUAUAAGUAACUUAUGAUUCAAUAAGUCAAUUAUUAAUGAACUAAUUAAAAUGAAGGACGUUAAGUAUGAGUUAUCAGUCUGCAGCCUUUAUAAAAGGUUUCUAUAUGACAACAUACAUACAUCCAUCACUUUCCUCCUUUCACAACUUGUUUCCUAUUUUUUUAGGAUUAAUUGAAUCUCAUUUACGUUGAUAUAAUUUCUUUAAUCAAAAUGUAGGCCCGAAUAAAAAAUUAUCCAAGUUACC